UUACGGAUCAUGAGUACGGUGUAAGAAGCAAUUUUUUUUUUUUUUAAGUCCGAACUUUCUCUCACUUCACUCGCUUCGUCUUCCUUUUCCAGUUCCUCAAUUGCGCUCAUUUCCUUCUCAGUCAUCACAAAUCACAGUCAGAAUGCCCGAAUGUCCGCCACCAGAAACACCAUCAACACCACCGCAUCCACCACAAUCACCACAACGACCACCAAACGAAUCGCAGCAAUCAGAAACUCAAUACCCUAACCCUAACCCUAACUCUGAAUCUAAAGACCCAUCUCAAAAUCCUCAACCUUCAACCCCAGAAACUUUAAAUCCACCUCCAGAAAACCCGACUAAUGAACAAAUUGAGCCCGAAGAAAACCCCCAUGAUGUGGUUGAAGAGGAUCAAGAGCAGCAGGAUGAGCCCGACUCAGAACCUGAACCCGAACCCGAACUAGAAACCAAGCACCCAGAAUCAGAAGGUAUGAACAACACUCUCUCUCCUCACCAUAACCCUUCAAUUGCGGUUGAUAAUCACGUUAUUGCUCAAGAAAUUAAGGUUAGUAAUAAUAUUAACCCCCCUGCUUCGGUUCGUAAAACAUCGAAGCGUAAGAAGGGUGGUAAGAAUCGUGUUAGUGAUGUUGUUCUCGAGAGGAAAUUACAGCAAUUGAACCGAUGUUUUAAGCCUAUUCCUUUUGUCCCUGGGAAAGUUCUUGAUUUUUCGAGGCACGAGGAGUUUUUGAAGAAGUUGGGGUUGUGGGAUUUUGCUCAUCUUGAAUUUGAUAAGAACAUUCGGGCAGAUUUGGUCGCGAAGCUAAUUGUGGGUUAUAACCAGAAAAACCGAGGUAGUUAUGUUGAUGGGUUUAAGAUAGGGGUUAGCAGGGCUGAUUUUGGCCGGGCAUUGAAUUUGCCGAAGAAGCCGGAUUGCGAUGUAGAUAAUUUUCCUGCAGAAUUUCUAUCGUUCCUAUAUGAGUUUGUGACAAGUUGGAUGAUUUUACAUGAGGAUGAGGAUUUGUGGUGUAUGCCUCAAGAGAUUGUGGCCUUGACAAAACCAAUAAGGGAUGGGUCUCCUCAAAAGGUUGAUUGGGCUGGGUUGAUUUGGUUUAUGGUGGAGAAGGAGUUGGCGCAACGGACCACCUUGAAAGACUGCUAUUAUGCGACGUAUUUGCAGCAGUUGAUCAAGGUGCAAAAGGAGGAGCUUCUAAGGGAUAUUCCAUACAUGGAGGGGGGGAAUCCCAAGGUAGAAGUUGAAAUUUCAAAGGAGGCCAUUUCUGUGGAAGAUGACGAAGAUGGAGGUGAUAUGAAGAUGAUGGACUUUGAGGAAUCGGUUGGUGCAGGACAGAAGUUGGAGGAUCAAAAUGUUGAACUGAGGCUUGGCCAAGAUUAUGUUGUUUCUGUGGAAAAUGUUGGUGAUGCUGAUAAGAUGGAAGAAAAUAGUGAGUGUCAUGCUAGUGGGACAGAGAAGGUUGAGGAUGUCAAUGAAGCGAAAAACGAGGGUGAUGUGGGGAAUUUUGGGGGUGUCGAUGAGGGUAACGAGGUAGAAAAUAUUGAGAGUGCUGAAAAUGUUGACAGUGUUGAGUAUCCUGAGAAUAAAGAUAUGGACAUGAUGGAAUUUGAGGAUAACAUGGGCGAGGAACAAGGUCAGGGGCACUGGUUUCUGGGUAAUAAAAUUGGAGGACAGUCCCUUUUGCAGCGUUGUAGUAUGGGUGGAGUUAAGGUCUCUGAUAGAGGAUUUGAGGAUGUUGGUGAAGAUGUAGAAGAUGAAGAAGUUGAAGGGGAUGAACAUGUAGAAGGGUUUAAAAUUAUGUCAAGAAGUACCUUGGACGGUAUGACUUCAGCAAAUCUCAUACAGGCAUUUCAAACAGGGCAACUGCCUUAUUCAACUGCCGAACUUGGGGGUCAGUCUUCUUUGGAGCUCAUGUCAUCCAGGGAUGAUGAUAAUGUGAUGUUGGGGGCCCCUUCUAUGUUUAAUCAUGCUGGGAAAAGAGAGAUCAAACAUGAGCAUGACAUUUCUCACCAUUCACUUAAUGAUAAUAAGAGGAUGAGACUUGAUGGUAAUUGGGACGAGAAAGCUCCUCCCUUUGAUAUGUGCAUGGAGCAAAUGCAAUAUUGGGCUGAGAAAGCUAAGAGUAGGUAUCUAGCUGAUACAAAUGUCUAUCAUCAAGCAAAUAUGAAUCAACAGCACUAUGUGGAACAGCAGUUAGCAGAUAAGGACAAUGAGAUUAUGCAGUUGAAUUACAAGCUUGGUGAUUUACAGAGGAGUAAACAAGCAGAAGUAGAUCGUCUUAAUCGGGAGCUCUGCUUGAUGAGCAGUGUGAUAGAUGGUUAUCGCAGGGCUUUGAAACAAACUCAGAAGUCAUUUGCUGAUUAUCGAAAGCGUUCUCAAUUACCUGAUGAAUCAAUAUAUAAGGACACUGGUCUUGGCGGUGUUGUCAAAAGUGUUAUGGAAUUGGAGCGAGAGCGAUUGAAGCAAGAAGAAGAAAACAAAGUAAUGUGCAGUCUCAUUGAGGAAACCUUUUGGAAAAAUGUAAAUGAUCUCCAAGUGAAGUGGGACAGUGAGGUUUUGGCAAAGUAUCAGUCUCAUGAUAGCAGGCUUAUGGAUGCUGUAAAGGAAAUGGAACAGCUGAAAGAUCAUUUUGGAAAGCGUAAGACGUCAGCAAAUGUUCAGGAUGAAGGACAAGGUCCUUCAGAAUGAUGAAGAAAAGGUGUUGUUUUUCAACUAAGUGUUUUUGCUUCUUCAAUAUGAGAAAUGCCUUUGUUUAGGAAUAUGUAAAUGCCUUUUGCUGAUGGCCUGCUGCAACCAGAUCUAUCUAUUAUUGUAUCUACCUAUGCUUCUCAGGCUUCCCGGAUAAUGUUUGGUUGAUUUAUAUGCUAAUUAAGUUAGUGCUGGAACAGUGUUGAUAGGA